AUGUCUUCAAUUGAACCUCAACAAGUCGGAGUUCUUGAAAGUUCAAAUAAUAGCGGAUAUUAUAUUUCACAUCAAUACUUCCUUGGGCUUAUCCGUCGAGUAGAUCCAUCUCUUGUCCUUGAUUUCAUGUUUACGAUAGUCCCUGGUUUGAAUGGUGAUGGUAUCAGCUUUGAAAGCACAAACUAUCCAGGUCAAUAUUUAAGACAACAAGAUUUUUGUAUCAAGCUUGCCAAAAGCAAUGGUUCAAGUGUAUUCAAGCAAGAUGCCUCUUUCGUCAUUGUCUCAGGUGAUAAUGGUGGUGUUUGCUUCCAGAGUGUCAACUAUCCGGAUUACUUUAUUAGACAUUGGGCUAAUAAUGAGUUGUGGAUUGACCCUAAAACAACCGAUUAUCGCUAUAAAAAAGAUAGUACCUUCAAGUAUCGCAAA